AUGGCAAGCAAGCUAGAAAUCCAAACUGAACUUGAAGUUGGUAUUGAGGCUCUUUGGAAUGCUAUAACAAAGGAUAAACUCGAUCUUCUUCGCAAAGCAGCACCACAGCUGUUGACUGAUGCACAGGUGAUUGAGGGUGAUGGAGGCCUUGGUACCCUCACCACCAUUGAUAUCAGUGCUGCUGCUCCUCAUGUUCCACCUUUCAAGGAGAAGAUAGUGGAGUUUGAUGAAGCCAACCAUGCUGUGAGCUUCCAGGGGAUAGAAGGAGGCUUUCUGAAGCUAGGGUUUACUCAUUAUAACGUAUCUUUCAAGCUUGAUGACUUGGCCAAUGGCAAAAUCUUGGCAAAAACCACUAUAACAUAUGAGUUGGAAAAGGACAUUGAUGGCACUCAACUUGUGGAAGAGUUCUCCAAUUUUGCAGUCGAGUAUCUCAAAACUGUGGCCACCUAUCUGCAGAAGGCCAGUUAG